AUGGCCACCAUAGGGACUCCUGUUUACCUCAAAGUGGGGGCUCGUUCUCAAAUUGCAAAGAACAACUAUACAGAUUUGGUAGACUUUGUCCUGCAGGGAGUCUCUGGGGAUCCUGGGUUUCAGGUUUUCUUCCUGGCCUUUUUCUCCAUUUUCUAUACUAUGGUUGUUACAGGAAACACCCUCAUUUUCAUGGCCAUCAGCCUGAACCCAAGUCUUCACACCCUCAUGUACUUCUUCCUUGCAAACCUGGCUCUGAUGGACAUUGCAUGCACAUCCACUGUUCUUCCCAAGCUGCUGAAGGGUCUGGUGGGGAAGGGCAGCCACAUCUCUUACAAAGGAUGCUUGACCCAGAUUUUUUUCAUAUCCUGGUUUCUGGGGGCUGAGCUAAUGCUUCUCACAGCCAUGGCCUAUGACCGCUAUGUGGCCAUCUGCCGCCCACUGCACUACAGCAUGCUGAUGAGUCGGCCCGUCUGUGUCCUGCUGGCGGGCACUGUGUGGGCCAUCAGUGCAAUCAACUCCUCUGUGAACACUGGCCUCUUGGUACGACUCCAUUUCUGUGGCCACAAUCAAAUCCGCCACUUUUUUUGUGAACUCCCAGCACUGCUACUGCUGCCUUGCAGCCCAACCACCCUCAACAACAUCAUGACUGUAUUGGCAGACGUUUUUAUUGGCGUGGUCAAUUUCCUGUUUACCAUGAUAUCCUACAGCUUCAUCAUUGCCAGCAUUCUACGCAUCCACUCUGCAGAGGGUAAGAGGCGUGCUUCCUCCACUUGCUCUGCCCACCUGAUGGUGGUCACCUUUUAUUACUCCGCUAUCAUCUAUACCUAUGUGCAGCCUGGCUCUGGAUCCUCCAUGGAAAAUGGAAAGGUGGUUUCCUUAUUGUACACAACAGUCGGUCCUAUCCUGAAUCCCCUCAUUUACUCUCUGAGGAAUAAGGACGUCAAAGUGGCCCUCGGGAAGGUGUUUCCCUGUGUCUGUUGA